AAGAAAACAAAUGGCAACAAUACCCAACCCAUGACUGUUGGAGAUCCUGCUGAAAUUGAAUGGAUAGUAGAAGAUGUGGUCACCCCAGUGCCCCAACAAGACCCAUCCAGAAAGGCAGAGGUAAACUACUGGUUUGUGAAGAGGGUGGCAACAAACAACCCCAAUGACAGGUCCUCCCAUUCUUCUCAUAUUCAGGAUCAACAAGACCAUAAAACUUCCGUUCAGCCCUUGUGCCCAAACCCAUCCAUAAAAAAGCACUGUAAAAGGCAAAUAACUCCUAGAGAUUUGCGCUUCAUUUGCCCUGUGUGUCCAGAAACAUUUGAGGGUGUCUCAGAUUUCUUUGAGCAUCAGAAAGUCCACGAGAAUGUGUGUCCAGAGUGUGGGGAACAGUUUUCUAAUAGGUCGGCUCUCGAGGCGCAUCUGUUGCUGCACCUGGAAGACAAGAUACGCAUAUGUGAGGAGUGUGGUCAGUGUUUUGGCACGCAGGCUGAGUUGGAGAGCCAUCUGAGAACCCACAAAGGAGAUAAGCAGUGGUUGUGCAAUCAAUGCGGCAAAUGCCUCUACUCCAAGUCUGGUCUUGACAGGCACCAACUCAUCCAUAUAAGAGAUCGACUUGUUCCUUGUCCGCAGUGUGGCAAAUGCUUUGCGAAGCAGUCGAACUUCGAAAUGCACUUGCGUCUCCACGCUGGCGAAGAGCUCUACCCGUGUACGUUGUGCGAAAAACUCUUCCCUACAAAGUCCGCCUGCGAAAGGCACAUCAGGGCCCAUACCAUGGAGCGUCCACAUGCCUGCCCACAGUGUGGCAAGAGGUUCCUGUACAACGGCUGCCUGAUUAAACACAUGCGUGUUCACACAGGGGAAAAACCGUUUGUCUGCGAUUUAUGUGGGAGGCGGUUUGCCCAAAGCUCAAGUCUCAACAGCCACCGAAGGCUUCAUGAGGACGAAAAGCCAUUCGUUUGUAGAGAGUGUCAGAAGUGCUUCAGCAAAAAAUUCAAUUAUGAUAUGCACAUGAAAAUUCACGCCAAGGAGAGACUGAUUGAGCAAUUGGCUCGACUGAAAUGUGACAGUGGCGAUAAGAUGGCGGCUCCUUCUGGAGAGGCAGAAAAUGAUAAACCUGUUAACAAUGGCCCAUUUAAUGAGAGGACUGCUUUGGACAUCAGACUGCCAGAUCUUGGUGUGUCAGCAAGGUGUGACCGCACUAGUAGGGAUGUUGGCAAGGCCCCAGUUUUAGACCUCUUGCUUGAUGAUAGGCCCCCCAGAGACGUCAUGUUCGCCGAGGCACCAGGUAAUGGCGUCUCAUUUAAUAACUCUACUAAAGAUGUCUCAGUUAAUGAUAAGUCUUUAGAAGAUGUUACUGGAGCGCCACCCAUUAAAGAGGCCUCGCUUAGUGGAAGCUCCAUGACGAAUGUCUUGUUAGGCAACACACCAGAUAAAGACAUUUUACGAAGUGAUGAGUCCAUGAAAUAUGUCUCACCUAGUGACAGUCUCAGAAUUGGUGCCUCUUUUAAUGAAAGCCAAUGUAUAGAUAUCUCUCUUAGUGAUUCAUCCAUCUCAGACGAAUCAUUUGGCGAGAUGUUCGACGAUGACGACCCCUUAAACGAGGUGCCUUGGAAAUCAAACCCGGAGGAACGUCAGCACAUCUGUCCCGAGUGUGGGAAGAGCUUCCCCUACAAUGGCUGCCUGGUUAAGCACCUGCGAACCCACACCGGAGAGAAGCCUUUCCCCUGCCCGGAGUGUGGAAAACGUUUUGCACAGAAGUCAACGCUGAACUGCCACAUUAGGACUCACACAGGUGAACGGCCCUUUCUGUGCCCUCUGUGUGGCAAAGGCUUCACCAGCCAGUCCCACGUAGCCCGCCACCAGGUGGUUCACCGGUCAGACCAGAUGUUCUCAUGUAACGGGUGUGGGAAAGAGUUUUCAGUGAGGUCUUAUUUGUUAAAACAUCAGAAGAGGAAUAACUGUGUACGAAAACUCUGACUUUUACCUUUU